AUGUCAGCACACAGCAGUGAAUCAGCUGUCUGCCGCAGCGGUGACCUUGCAGACAGUGGAGGUUAUCUGCCGUGUUCUGUCCCAGGGCUCGUUUCAGCUAAAUUAACCGUGGUGGUCGGAGACACUCACUUCUGCGAGGAGAAGAAGUUACUCGUCCAGAGUUGCGACUACUUUCGAGCUCUGUAUCGAUCUGGGAUGAAGGAGUGUCGGCAACAAGAAAUCCAUCUCAAGUCCCUGCGUGCUCGAGGCUUCCUUAUCGCCUUGGCAGUUUUACGAGGUGAAAUGCCAGUCCUAGAUGCUGAUGACAUUGUUGAGGCCAUUGAAUGUGCUGCUUUCCUGCAGGUGGCACUGCUUGCUAAACACCUAAUCAACCUCAUUGACUCUGACAAUUGCUUGUUGAUGUAUCACACAGCUGCAACCUUCGGCCUCAUGGAUCUUUACCAUGCUGCUGCACUGUUCAUACGAGACAUGUAUGUCGACCUAGAGGUGGAGGUCAGGAAAACCUUGCCAUCAGAGCUGAUCUCCUAUGUGGACUCUUUGACCCCAAGUGUUUUUGUGGCUGUAGGGGCCCAUGCGACCUGUGGUGUGGAUGAAACUGUACAUGCUUCUGCCAGGACAGUCUGCUUCCUGGACGAAACCGCCAAUAAGUGGAAAGUCUUAACAGAUCUUCCACUGGAGGCCAGCACCUCCAUGGCUGGAGUGACCGUUUUAGACAACAACCUCUACAUCGUCGGAGGAAUUAUUGGAGUCCAUAGACAAGUUGUGGACUCUUGUUUCUGCUACAGUGUUGAAAACAACAGCUGGAGCAGGAUCACCAGUCCGGCACAGCUUCGCUACAAUCUCAGCCUUGUGGGUGCAGACGGUCGUCUUUACGCCAUUGGAGGGGAAUAUGAGGGUACAGUGAUGUCAUCUGUGGAAACAUAUGAUGUAGAGAGUGGGAGGUGGACAUUUGCUGCUCACUUACCUCGGCCAGCGGUGGGAGUGGCAUGCACAAAAGCCAUGAGAAGAGUAUUUGUAUGUUUAUGGAGGCCGAUGGAGACCACAGAGAUCUAUGAGUACGUGUCAGCGAAAGACCAAUGGCUGCUUGUUACCACGCUGAUCAGGCAUCAGAGCUAUGGCCACUGCAUUGUCGGCCACAGGGACAAUUUAUACGUCAUGAGAAACGGGCCAUCUGAUGACUUCCUAAGAUGUAUGAUGGACUGUUACAAUAUAAGCUCGGGCCAGUGGUCAGCCCUACCGGGACACUUUGCCAACAGCAGAGGUUCACUGUUCACUGCUGUGGUCAGAGGUGACUCUGUCUUCACUCUCAACAGGAGCGAGACUUUGGAGUACGCCAUUGAUGCUAAAAACUGGAAGCCACGGCGGCAAAUGAAGGGUUUUCCCAGAAGUGGAUCCAUGUGGACAUUUCUGCUGCACCUGCCAGACUCGCUCAUGUUGCACCAGUGA